CCGGUCGGCCGUCUUGGCGAGCACCAUGGCCGGCCAGGGGCGCCCCUCGCUGGGCUCGCUGCUGCUGCUGCUCCUGCUGCUGCUGGUGCGCCCCGACGGCAGCGCGCAACGGGCGCCCACUUGGCGCCAGCAGAUCCGCUGGCAGAGCCACGGGCGGGUCUACAGCCUCUUCAACAGCGCCGCCCAGUUCCAGCCCCCUCGGGGGACCCCCGGGGGCCGCCAGAGCCUCUACCUGAGCGCCGCGGCCGACCGCAGGGGGCCCAGCCUGCUGCGAGGGCCGCGGGGACCCCCGGGGGCCGGCCUCGCCCACCGGAUCCCCCUCCCCAGCGCAGAAGACGGCUCCGGGACUGGGGUCCCCCCCGGGCAGAGUGCCCCGCAACGCCCCGAGGGGCCUUCUUCCACCCCAGCGCCCACGUGGAGCGCCACCCAGACCGCCUGGAGGGCCAGGACGGCCACCACCAGUGGGGCCCGGGGCACCCCCGCCAGGAUCUGGGAGAGCCCCCGAGGAGGGCAGAAUGCUUCCUCCGGCGCCGGGGCUUCUCCCUUCCGAGGGGGCCAGACCCCCGUCCCCUACGGGUCCGGGGCCAGGGGGGAGAGGGGAGGCAGCGGGAACCCCGCCUGGGCCGACCGCAGUGGAAACGAAGUCGAAGGAGUCCCGGUUUCUCUAGGGGCCCGGGCGGAACAGGGGGGUUCGCGGGCCACGGGGGGUCCUUCGGGGGAUGACCCCCGGAACCCUUUCAAAACCAUGAAUAGCAUUUUCUAUAAUCUGUACCCCAAUGGAAGGCAGCGCCCCCCUGGGCCGCCCCCCAUCAACAGGAGACCCGGCUAUGGGACCAGAUACUUCCACAAUGGCCUUCCGGAUUUGAUCCCUGAUCCAUACUACAUCCAAGCUGCGACCUACGUUCAGCGCGUCCAGAUGUAUGCCUUGCGGUGUGCAGCUGAGGAAAAUUGUCUUGCCAGAUCUGCCUACCGACCAGGAGUGAGUGACAUUAGCUACCGGGUCCUUCUUCGUUUCCCCCAAAGAGUUAAGAACCAAGGCACUGCUGAUUUUCUCCCAGUGAAGCCACAACAUGCCUGGGAGUGGCACAGCUGCCAUCAGCAUUACCACAGCAUGGAUGCAUUUAGCAACUACGACCUCUUGGAUGCGGUCACCCAUCGCAAGGUAGCCGAAGGGCACAAGGCCAGCUUCUGUUUGGAGGACACAACAUGCGACAUGGGCUUCCGGCGAAGAUAUGCCUGUACUGCUCACACGCAGGGUCUUGGUCCUGGCUGUUAUGAUACAUACGCUGCCAACAUUGACUGUCAGUGGAUUGACAUCACGGACGUCCCUCCUGGAAAUUAUAUCCUCAAGGUCAUGGUGAAUCCGGACUUCCUGGUGGCUGAGUUGGACUUCACGAACAACGCUGCCAGAUGUGAUGUGAUGUACACUGGAACAUAUGCCACUGCACGAAACUGCAGGAUCACAAGCUCCUAAGAAUGAUCGACACCUGGCAGAACGAGGGUCCUUUACACCCCUUCCCUGAAAGCACAAACACUGCAUCCUCUGAGUUUGGAAAUCUUGACCGUCACCUUUAGAAUCUGCUCCGAUUCUG